UCAGCCGGCCAGGAAUGACUUAAAGGGACAGGAGCCACUCGCUACACCGCAGUGCCUCUUAACAUGGCCGCCGUGCAGACAGAGGUGGAACGCGCCAUCGUCACCAUUGUGACCUGUUUCUUUGAACACGCCGGAGAGGAGGGCAAGAAAGAGACCCUGACACAGGGCGAGUUCAACUGCCUGGUGGCCAAAGAGCUCCCACAUCUGAUGAAGGACGUCUCCCUGGAGGAUAAGUUGAAGGAGUUGGACGUUAAUCAGGACCAGGAGCUGAAAUUCAACGAGUAUUGGAGACUGAUCGGGGAGCUGGCCAAGGGGGCCAAGAAGGAGAUCAAAGCCAAAAAGAAGUGAGGAGCCGUGAAGAGGGCGGAGCCACCAGGAGGGCGGAGCUGCCAGGAGGGCGGAGCCACCAGGAAUAAAGCCAUCGGAAUGCAUUCCCAU